AUUUUGACUAAAAAGUAAACUACCUGUUUUCAAGAGGAAUAUUUUCAAAUGGUGCAUUUGCGGCAUAAGUACAAGUACUAAUAGUCUAUUUUCAACAGUUCUGAGUGCCUGCUGCUACCAUUCAGUACCUAGGAUAUGCUGAUAAUCAGUGCUUUUGAAAAUCAGGACACAAGUUACUAGAAAAAAGGGAUUAAGGAUGAUGACAUUUCCUGACCACUGUACAAAUAGUGGAGAGACCUGUGUGAUUCUUCUCCCCUGCUUCGCUUCAGACCAGAGUGGAGGAGCUGUUUUGAGUUUGCUUUCUAAAGCACAAGGAAUAGGCUCCAGCUCAGUCAAACUUCGAGGGGGCUCUCUAUUUAUGAAUGUUGGGAAAUCGGAGAAGCAAGAAGAAGAUAUUAGACAAACGCCUCAUGUGAACAUUAAUCCCUUCACUCCCGAUUCCAUGUUCCUUCACAACUCUGAAGGAAAAUGUCGGAGGAGGAAGAGAACACACUGGAAUGACUCUUGCGGAGAGGACAUGGAAGCAAGUGAUGGAGAGCCUGAAGAUGAAACUAUCAGACCUGCUAAGAGGAUAACAAUAACGGAAAGUAAUAUGAAGUCACGGUAUGCAACUGAAUUUCAUGAGUUGGAGAAGAUUGGAUCUGGUGAAUUUGGUUCUGUGUUUAAAUGUGUGAAGAGGCUUGAUGGCUGUAUUUAUGCAAUAAAGCGAUCAAAGAAACCCUUGGCUGGUUCAGUGGAUGAGCAAAAUGCUUUAAGAGAGGUCUAUGCACAUGCAGUUCUGGGACAACAUUCUCAUGUAGUCAGGUACUACUCUGCAUGGGCAGAAGAUGAUCAUAUGCUUAUACAGAAUGAAUAUUGCAAUGGUGGCAGUUUAGCAGAUGCCAUAAGUGAAAAUUACAGGAAUAUGCGUUAUUUUACUGAACCAGAACUGAAGGACCUGCUACUUCAGGUGGCUCGAGGCUUAAAGUACAUUCAUUCAAUGUCACUGGUACACAUGGAUAUCAAACCUAGUAAUAUUUUCAUAUCUAGGACAUCAGUCCCAAGUACAACUUCAGAAGAAGGUGAUGAUGAUGAGUGGUCGUCUGAUAGAGUCAUAUUUAAAAUAGGUGACCUUGGUCACGUAACUCGAGUAUCUAGUCCACAAGUAGAGGAAGGUGACAGCCGUUUUCUUGCAAAUGAAGUCCUACAAGAGAACUACACUCAUUUGCCGAAAGCAGAUAUUUUUGCUCUUGCUCUGACUGUUGUCUGUGCUGCUGGGGCUGAACCACUUCCAACUAAUGGGGACCAAUGGCACGAAAUUCGACAAGGAAAACUACCUAGAAUACCGCAAGUGCUUUCGCAAGAGUUACUAGACUUGCUAAAAGUUAUGAUUAAUCCUGAUCCAGAGAAAAGGCCUUCAGCUGUGGCACUAGUCAAGCAUUCAGUGCUUCUCUCUGCUGCAAAAAAGAGUGCAGAGCAGCUCCGGAUAGAAUUGAAUGCUGAAAAAUUCAAAAACUCACUCCUGCAGAAGUAAGUAGCUCCUUGGGGUCCUUAAAUAAAACUUAAUUUCUAAUGGGCUUUCAUAUGAUAGUGGUGUGAUGAUAAAACAGGACUGUCCUUGUUUCCAUAUGAGGUCCACAAAUCUGUCUGUAUGUACAUAUCUGAGAGUACAAAGUGGGUUAUGCAACUUUGAAAGGAACUUUCUCCAUAGAAGGAACUUCUUAAACACCAAGGGAAUCUCAAGGACACUAUAAGUAUUCAAGGCAUACAAAACAUUACAGGUUUUAAAAAAUGUUUCAAGCAUAAUGCAUACUUUUGUGACAUGAAUAACGUAACUUACACCUAUAUUAUUUGAGUCUGUGUUUUUCCUAGGUCAUCUGUACAUUGAAACAUGUUGGAAAAUGUGACUUAAAUGAGCUGGUUUGAACAUAAAUGAAAUGGCACAUCAGGAAUGUUUUUGGACUAAUUUGACUUUUACACAGCAGUGUUAUUGGGUUACCAGAGAAUAACUUGUAUUGGGAGGUCAUCUUGUCCUACCCCUUGUUCAAACACUUAACUCUGAAUUAAAGCUGUGAAGAAGAGAUUCCCUUUAGGCAAGUCUGAUUUCUGCUUAAGUUUCAGAGAAAGAGUUAGUUAAGAAGCAAUCGUCUGAAUCUUUUACUGCAGUUAACUUUGCACGUAUUAUAGGCAGGCUUCUAUGAGGGAAUAUGGAACGCUGAUUACUUUCUGACUGGCUCAUUUUGAAUGAAGAUGUUAACUUCACAUUUGGAUUUGCCAUAUGUUUAUCUUGCUGUUGCUGCCAUCUGAAUAUAGCCAGACUUGCCAUUUUAGAUGGUUAUCUUUAUAAUCUUCUUAUGAGUUCCACUGACUGCAGAAAGAACAAUUCGACUGUUUGUGCAGGUUAUUCAAGGACAGAUUUGCUGAGGUAACAUGCUUGCUUGUAUAAAGACAACAUAUUUUUGUAUCAUGUGAAAGGGGAAGUUGGCAAAGCUAAUGUUUUGUGAAGACUACUUCUGGCCUGGC